AUGCUCGACUCGAUCCAACGUUAUGCCGGACCGCUCAUUGCCGUCCUAGCCAAUCUCGGCUUCACUUUGAUGGAUGCCGCGGCGCAGAGCUGCACCCAGCACGGUCUCGCACCUGGUCAGGUGGCUUUCAGUCGUAUGCUCCUUACUCUCCCCUUCAUUGCGAUAUACAUCAUCUUUCGCCAGCCCGCUCUCUUGGAUCAGCUCGAUCCGCGGUCUCGCCCAUUCCAGCACAAGGAAGCGAUAGCAGCCGAGCCGGAGACCCUCUUAGUACGAAACCCAGCUCUAGCAGCUCGCCUGAUCUGGCUGCGGUCUUUCUUGACCAGUGUGGAGCUUUGCCUGAUGUACGCCGCGCUCAGUCGGAUCCCGCUCUCUGAGUUCGUCAGCGUCUUCAUGACUCGGGCGUUUCUUAUCGGAUUCUUGUGCUGGAUCUUGCUGAAGGAGGCAUUCGGAUGGCGAUUGCAGCUCGCAGCAGGCAUAUCCACUAUCGCUGUAGCCCUCAUUGUCCAACCUCCCUUCCUAUUCGGGGACCCAGUCUCGGGCGAUGCGGGGACCAGGGUCUCUGGCUUCCUCCUCUGUCUAGCAUGUUUCAUUGUCGAUACGCUCGAGAUGGUCGUCUUGCGCGCUAUAGGUGCCGGUCCCAAUCCCUCGAUCAUGAUGCUGGGGUAUGCGACCACCUGUGUCCUGGUUGGUCCAUGCUUCAUGUUGGUCGCAGGCGAAAGCUUCACAUGGCCGACGACCUCAUUGGUGUAUUUUGAGCUUGCGGUAGUAGCUGGCAUAGGGCUAGUUGCACAAUUAGCGUUCGUCAAGGCGAUGCAGAUGGAGACAGGCGGGAUCAUGUCGGUCAUAUCGUACGCCCAGAUCCCGAUGUCUCUGCUCGUCCAGUGUCUCGCAGUUGGGACGAUACCGAAUGUACUGCAGGUUUUGGGCAUGGGCGCUAUCCUGAUCUCCGGAGUAUGGGCGGUCCCGCUCAUGGCCCAGAUCUCCGAAAAAAGGAAGGAGGAAGAAGGAGAGAUAGAUGGAAGUCGGACGGACAGCUACACCCUUCUCCCUGUGCAGGCUGAUCCUGAGGGUCAAUCGACCAAGUAG